AUGGAAAAUUCUAGACAUCAAAUUCCAAUGGCUAAAUUAUCUAAUAUAUGCAAUUCUUUAAAUAAAUUUGAGUUAGAUUAUCUGAAAAGAAAAAAUGGAAUGAGAUUAACUGAUAUGCUAAGUCAAUUGGGUCAAACGUUUUUUGGUGGUGCUUAUAGUCCAACGCUCGUACCUAGCGACAAUAGCGACAAUCAUAGUCUUCGUAAUAGCAUUUAUAGCAACAACAGUGUUAAUACUAACCCGAAAAGAUUGGAUUUAGAUAGUCUCAGAUAUGAUUUAGCACAAUCAUUACAUCAAUUAAUACAUUUAAUAAACGAAGAAAAUCUUUAUUCGAACGCGAUAUUAUAUCCUGAAGUAUUUACAAUUCCAAUAUCAACACCGUCAUCUUCAUCAAAAGCAGGCGAGGUGAAGUUCAUACCAUAUAGUUUAUUUAAAAAUUAUCAAGAAAUUCUUUAUUAUAAUUCUCCAGUAGAAAUGCAAAAUUGGAAAAAUCAAGUUAAUAAUGAAUUUGGUGAACUUUUAAUUAAAUUAGAGAACAGUAGGAGUAAUGAUAAUAGUAGAAGAAAUAGUAAAAUUGAUAGUUCUAAUAAAUUUGAUUUUAAUAACAUUGAAAUGUUAGUAGAAGAAAGUAAAACUGUUGAAGAAAUCACUGAUAAUGAACUUGGCGCCGAUGAUGAUAGAAUAAAUAAAGAAAAUUAUUUAAACUCUUCAAUUACAAUAUCUACUUGGAAUAAAGAAGAAAGAUGGUUUGAACAUGUUGGCAAUCCUGUAGCAAUCAAGUAUCUUUAUAUUUUCAAAACUUCACUUUUAUCAUCAACAGAAGGAACUUUUACUUGA